UGACAGCAACAAAAAUGUCAUCAACGUCAGACCAAUUGAGUUUGUGUCAGUUUCUUGUGUUUCAUCUGUUUUCGUGUUAUUUUGUGAGACAACUUUAAUUGCAAAUUUGGUAAUUAUUUACCGUUGAAGCGGUACAAGUGAUUUAAAGUCAAUUAAUCAACAAUUCAAUUAAUUGCUUAAACGUUCCGGUGAUUGAAAAACCAGUUGAAAGUAUUUUAUUCACACCAUACAACCUGUCUGACUCAUAUUAACCGUAACACGAAUCAUUCAAUCUGAGUCUUUCACAUCGUCAAAUUCGGUUUCGUCAGUUCAGAGUGAGAUUUAUACAAUGUGGAAGGCAUCGGCAGGUCAUCAAAUCAUCCAAGAUCAAGAGCAGGAAGAUGACGAUUGGGAAACGGAUCCCGAUUUCGUCAAUGAUGUAACCGAACAGGAGCAACGAUGGGGUUCGAAAACUAUUGAAGGGAGUGGUCGUACGGCCGGUGCUAUCGACAUGCAACAACUCCGGCAAGACAUCGAACAAGCCGACGCCAACCGAUUGAAAGAAGACAUCGAAAAAACCAAUCCAGGCUUCGGAUAUGGCGGAAAGUUCGGCGUUGAAAAAGAUCGUAUGGACAAAUCGGCAAUGGGUCACGACUACAUCGGCAAAGUGGAAAAGCAUGCAUCGCAGAAGGAUUACAGCGACGGAUUCGGUGGCAAGUUCGGCGUACAGAAGGAUCGUGUCGAUAAGUCGGCGGUGGAUUGGGAUCACAAAGAGACAGUGGUGAAGCACAGUUCGCAGAAAGACUAUUCGGAUGGAUUUGGCGGCAAAUUUGGUGUACAAAAUGAUCGUGUUGAUAAGUCGGCGGUUGGUUGGGAUCAUAUUGAGAAGGUGGAGAAGCAUGAGUCACAGAAAGAUUACAGCAAAGGAUUCGGUGGAAAAUUUGGUGUCCAGGAGGAUAGAAAAGAUAAAUCUGCAGUUGGAUGGGAUUAUGUGGAAGCUCCCCAGAAGCAUGAGAGUCAGUUGGACCACAAAGUUGGUUUCGGCGGAAAGUUCGGAGUGCAAAACGAUCGUAUGGACAAAUCUGCAAUUGGUUUCCAAGAAAACCCGGACAGAAUUGGAACGAACUACACCAAAACAAAGCCGGACAUAGGCGGCGCAAAACCAUCUAAUCUGCGUGCCAAGUUUGAAAAUUUCGCCAAAACAGCAUCCGAAGAGGACCAAAAACGCACGGCAGAACAAAAACGAAUUAGAGAAGAAAAGGAUCGUCUAGAUCGAGAACAAGCGGCCAAGAAAUCGACGUUCGAGAGCGGUAAAGAAGAAUCGAAACCGACACAACGACGAGUGAAUAUAGACACGGGCCGAGAAGGUGGCAUUAGCGGUGCGAUAAGUGCUUUUAAUCAAGUCCAAUCACCAACAACAGAAACACCCAUACAACGAAAAUCGCCAAUAAAAAUACCAAAAGAGCCCGAACCGAAACAAGUCGUUCAACCCGAUAUCAUACCCGCUCAACAUUCUCAACCAGCUGUUCCACCGCCAGCCGCAUUUACAAAUGAUUUGGUGUCGGAAUCUGUUGCGGAAUCUGAUAAUUCAAUUGUGAAUCCUCCCGACGAGCAACUCUAUUCGAACGUCGAUAAGCGACAUGUUGAAGAGACUAACGUUAAACCUGCUGAUGUGAUUGAAGAGCAGGUACACGAACCACAAUCGCCAAUUAAAACGCAAGUGUCACCAACAAAAGUGCAGACUGCAACUCCAGAAACACUUGAAGGAACCGAACACAUCGAUCCGAUCUAUCAAAAUCAGGAAGAUUUAACGGAAUACAUUGAGGACACUGGUGUUAAAGCGGUUGCAAUGUACGACUAUCAGGCUGCAGCCGAUGAUGAGAUUUCAUUCGAUCCCGAUGAUCUCAUAACGCAUAUCGAACAGAUUGACGAGGGCUGGUGGCGCGGAUUGUGCAAAAACAGAUACGGACUAUUUCCGGCGAACUACGUUCAACUUCAGCAAUAAACUGGGCCAAAAUCGUUUUUUUUUUGUCUUCCGUUGUUGAGACGAGGUUUCGUUUUUACUUUUAAUUUUUCUCUUUUUUACACAUAAAUUUUAUGGGCCGUCAUAAAGUGAAUGGAAUUAUUGUUUCCCCAUUUGGUUUUACUCUAUGAAAAGUAUUAUUAAAAAAAAACAAAAUUUUUAGGAUAAUUCAGACGAGCCGUUCCAUUAUAUUGUUAUACGUUUGAUGCGAAUGUAAAGUAAUUGGAAGCAAAUAAAGUGAAUUUCACGU